AUGAUGUGCGCCGGCUACAGGGAGGAGGAGGAGUACUGGCAGGCCAAGCGCCGCCGCGAGCGGGUGAAGGAGGAGGAGGCCUCAGCGGCGCUGCCGGAGGAGGACAGCAGUGGGUCUGACUGCUCGGCGGAGUGGGGCUCGGCGGAGUGGCGCUCGGCGGAGGGGUGCAAAGCAAGUCCUAAGCUCAUGUUGAUCCUGAACGAGGUUGAGAGCCUUGGCACGUUUUACGCAUGGUGGUUUCCGUGGAAGUCCAAGGCAACCAGUGCCGUGAAGACAGGUUGCCAGUUCAUGGUCCUCCCCGCAUCAGGCACCUGCACCAAGUUCAUCCAGCACAUGCCGGUCGGAACGAAGGACGACACCACCCCCAUGGUCAUGGUUGGCCUCGGCACAGGAAUCGCGCCCAUUCGCUCCUUCAUGCAGGACAAGCUGUACAAGAAGAACCGGGGCAUCAAGACUGGCCCAAUGGUGGUCUUCUACGGCUGCCGGCAUGAGAAGGGCGGCUACUUCUUCAUGUGCGGGCCCGCUGUGGCCACGCCCUCCGUGCAGAAGGCUCUCAAGGUUGGGAGCAGCACGUUCGACAUCCCAAUCGACCUUCCCCGGGCCCCGGCGCAGGCGGAGAAGGACAUGUGGCCGACCCCGAAGACGGACGCCGAAGCCGAACUCUGGUUCAAGGACUUCCAGGCUGCGGGACGCUACUCAGAGGUCGACUCUGUGGCUAGCAGGCGCCGCUUCCUUGAUGAUGCCCCGGCAAAUGUCCGAGCAGUUUUCUGUCGAACAUGUUGCGCGGUGCUUGGCUGGCGCACCUGGUUGCUGGGGUAUGGGCCGACCUGUUCGGGCGUCGAGUACCCGAAGCACCACAAGAUUUGCGGGGAUCCCUGGCAGUGCACCGGUCAGGUGUGCUUGUCUUGCGGCUGGGGCCCGGAUCAGACCAACGUUGCGGCGUGCUGUGACAAAGAGCAGAUGCCAAAGCCUAACGCAAAGGGGCGCUACCCAUGUGAGCGGCAGUCGAUUGUCAAGGCGAACGGUACAUUCUGCAAGUUCGGGUGCUGUACGACAGGAUCUACCGUUUGUGGGGAUGGCUGCUGCAGACCGGGCGACCAUGGCUUUCCGCACAAGUGCGGGCGGACGCUGAAAGGCCCACGCCAGGGCAAGGGGGGAAUGCCCUGUUGCGUGGUGGAGGGAGCCAGCGCUUCAGAACAGGAACAGCGAGGCUGCUGCAUCCGCGGGCAAGGCCUUAAUUGCCUCCAGAAUGAGACGCCCUGCUGCCUGUGGGUACAAGGGGAUGAGCACCACACGGCAGAUCCAGACCCGCACUCGCCCUGCCAGCCUCGCAACUGCUCGCUGUACCAGCCAUGUCCACAUGGCGAGGGCUAUGACUGCACAUCUUAUGGCCAGCGCAUCUGCUGCUUGCGCCCUGGAGGAAAUAUUUCGGUUUCGGCUGCAGAUCCAUGCCAACGAACAUCACAGGAUUGCAAGGCACGGUGGCAGCAGUGCGCGCACGGCGUGGGCUCCGACUGUGCCAAGAACAAUCAGGAGGCCUGCUGCCUGGCCUUGACAUUCGCGGCCUCCGACCCCUGCCAGAAAGACUGCAGCCAGUAUCAGCCGCCGCCGAAGAAGACUCUCUGGCCUGCAUGGGCAUGGGCGGCCCUGGCUGGCGGGGCUCUCGCUGUCGUAUCUGUGUGCUUGCUCGCCUGGUGCUGCUGGAAGAAGAGGAGGCCUCCUCCCUCUCACGAAUCCGGGAACCCACCUGCCCUGGUGCUGUACAACUCCACCUAUGCUGAGGAGUUCGAGCCGCUUCCCUGGGCUCGCAAGGAUGGUGAAGAGAUGGCUCUGAUGCUCGACAAGUUGGGCUAUCAUGCCAUCGAUUGCCACAACGUCACCUGCGAGGUCGCAAAGCAGCUCACCGAGAGGCUCCUCGGAGAAUUGGCGACGUGCAGGGUCAAGGACCCAGUUGUUCCCAUCUACUUUGCUGGACAUGGUGUGGAAGUCGGGAAUAGCCAGUUCCUGGUUCCGAGCAACGCAUGCUCACAAGAUGCCGAGCUUAUCUCGCUGGACUACAUCCUGAACCGUGCGGCGGAGAUCCACCACCGAUCCAGGGAUGCGGCCGAUGCUGUGAAACCCCUCUUCCUUCUGAUCUUGGACACUUGCCGCUCCUCCCCGCGGGACGAAGAGAUCCGGAAGCGUCUGGCUGCAAAGACAGCUGGGGAGCCGCGGAGGGCGAGGCGCACAAGGCAGCUGCACAAGCCAGAGUUCGCGAUCAUCCACGCCUGCGAGUGCGGGGGCGUGGCGCAGCAGUGUCCCGCCACGAACCACGGCUACCUGACAAAGGCAUUCAUCAAACACGGCUACCGUGAGCAGCUCUCUCUCAGCGAGCUUCUGGACGCCGUGCAGCAGCAGGUCGUCGAGGAAACACUUGAGAUGUACGAGCAGACCAAGGCCUGUGCCGUCCAGCGGCCGGAGCACAAGUCGACGGCCGCGUACCUCGCGAGCCGCUACCUGUCUUGUAGGACGGACCAGCUGAGCCGCAGCCGAUCCACCUCAGCCAGCUGCAUCGAUGUGUCCAGUUUGUCCAGCCUGAGCAGCCGCGACGCGCCAUCCCUGAUGCGCAACGCGGCCUCGGCGAGGGCAGCGCUCCUGACAGAUGCCGAUCCCAUUUGCUAG